AGAAACAUCCUGCAGCAUCUCCGCAUCCGGAGGAAAACUGUAUUUGGGCGAACUCCGGUGGAAAAGCGCCCCAAGCUGCCACACAGCCUAGAGAUCUUGGGGCUGCAGCCCUCGCGGCCUGCCGACGGGGCAGGGGGCGCCGGUGGAACUGGCUCCCUGCAGCUCUGCGGCCGCACGCGGACCUCUGCUGUGUGCGAGGUGGCUCUGGAGGCUGGCGGGAUGCGAGCCGGUACUCGGCCCCAGCAUCUUCUACCUGCUCAGGACAACCACGCAGCCAUGGGCUACCAGAGGCAGGACCCUGUCAUCCCACUGCAGAGAGAUCUAGAUGACAGAGAAACCCUUGUUUCUGAACAUGAGUAUAAAGAGAAAACCUGUCAGUCUGCUGCUCUUUUUAAUGUUGUCAACUCGAUUAUAGGAUCUGGUAUAAUAGUAGCCCCAUUUUGACUCUAGAGUCUGUCUUUCUUAAUAUUCCAUAACCCUUCUGUGCUCCUUAUUAUCCACUCUGCUUUCUUGGCUAGCAGGAUUGCCUUAUUCAAUGAAGCAAGCUGGGUUUCCUUUGGGAAUAUUGCUUUUAUUCUGGGUUUCAUAUGUUACAGACUUUUCCCUCGUUUUAUUGAUAAAAGGAGGGGCCCUCUCUGGAACAGACACCUACCAGUCUUUGGUCAAUAAAACCUUCGGCUUUCCAGGGUAUAUCCUUCUCUCUGUUCUUCAGUUUUUGUAUCCUUUUAUAGCGAUGGUAAGUUACAAUAUAAUAGCUGGAGAUACUUUGAGCAAAGUUUUUCAAAGAAUCCCAGGAGUUGAUCCUGAAAACGUGUUUAUUGGUCGCCACUUCAUUAUUGGGCUUUCCACAGUUACCUUUACUCUGCCUUUAUCUUUGUACCGAAAUAUAGCGAAGCUUGGAAAGGUCUCCCUCAUCUCUACAGGUUUAACAACUCUGAUUCUUGGAAUUGUAAUGGCGAGGGCAAUUUCAUUGGGCCCACACGUACCAAAAACAGAAGAUGCUUGGGUAUUUGCAAAGCCCAAUGCCAUUCAAGCGGUCGGGGUUAUGUCUUUUGCAUUUAUUUGCCACCAUAACUCCUUCUUAGUUUACAGUUCUUUAGAAGAACCCACAGUAGCUAAGUGGUCCCGCCUUAUCCAUAUGUCCAUCGUGAUUUCUGUAUUUAUCUGUAUAUUCUUUGCUACAUGUGGAUACUUGACAUUUACUGGCUUCACCCAAGGAGACUUAUUUGAAAAUUACUGCAGAAAUGAUGACCUGGUAACAUUUGGAAGAUUUUGUUAUGGAGUCACUGUCAUUUUGACAUACCCUAUGGAAUGCUUUGUGACGAGAGAGGUAAUUGCCAAUGUGUUUUUUGGUGGGAAUCUUUCGUCGGUUUUCCACAUUGUUGUAACAGUGAUGGUCAUCACUGUAGCCACGCUUGUGUCAUUGCUGAUUGAUUGCCUUGGGAUAGUUUUAGAACUCAAUGGUGUGCUCUGUGCAACUCCCCUCAUUUUUAUCAUUCCAUCAGCCUGUUAUCUGAAACUGUCUGAAGAACCAAGGACACACUCCGAUAAGAUUAUGUCUUAUGUCAUGCUUCCCAUUGGUGCUGCAGUGAUGGUUUUUGGAUUCGUCAUGGCUAUUACAAAUCCUCAAGACUGCACCCACGGGCAGGAAAUGUUCUACUGCUUUCCUGACAAUUUCUCGCUCACAAAUACCUCAGAGUCUCAUAUUCAGCAGACAACACAACUUUCUAUUGUAAAUAUUAGUAUCUUUCAAUGAGUUGACGCUUAAAAAAAUAUGUAUGUUUUCAUAGACUUUAAAACAUAACAUUUACAUGUUUUAGUCUGUAUUUAUAUUAUAUAAAAUUAGUAUUUUGGCAUUU